AUGGCUCGGUCGCUGGCGCUCCUGCUGCUGCUGCCCGUCCUCCUCGCCGGGCUCCUCUCGUGUCCCGGAGCCAUGGCCAGCUACCCGCCUGACUGCUCCCAGUAUGGGAAGUAUAUGUGUCCAAGGGACUACCAUCCAGUCUGUGGCACUGAUGGAGAGACCUAUGGAAACGAGUGUGUGCUCUGCCUUGCUAACAGGGAAGAUCAUACGCAUAUAGAAAUUGCCCGAAAGGGACAUUGCUGAUACGACAGAUGGCUGCUUUUCAAGAAAAUAAGAAGGUCACAGACAAUCCAAAUGGAAACAAUGCCUUAAAUGUACCUUCUGUGUAG